AUGAACCACAGCAAGGAUGAAUUUGAACCUUUUGAAUAUUCCUACUAUGAUUAUGCUGACUGGUACUCCAAUGAUCCAGAGCCAACAAAGCCUCCCAAAGAAGUUAUCUCACCUUGUGACCCAACAGCGAGCGAUGCCAUCUUUCACAUAUGCAUACUGUCUAUAUCUUUGGUGAUCAUGUUAAUUCUGGCAACUCUUAGCAGAAAAAAUAAACUCUGCCAAGGAUUUGCAAGAGGAUCCUCCAGCAUCUUUAGUCCAACCAACUUCCUGGAUCAGACACAGAGGAAAGAGGUGGUGAUGGCUGUGUUUGGACUUGUGUUCAGCAAGCUGGCUGUGCUUGUUAUAGCACCUGAUCCCCUGCCUUUUUCCAAAGACACGCCACCUGAACUCAAAGAGUUCAUGAAGAUAAUCGCCAUCUUCUACUAUCCAGUUCUCUACUACCCUUUGAUGCUUUGUAGCACUUUGCAGCUCAAAGCUGGUUAUGUGUUUGGGACCCUGCUAUCUGUCAUUCAUUUUGGUAUCCAGCUGUGGCAGAAAUUGGAUUGUCCAAAGACCCCAGAGCUAUAUAAGUUCUACUCUUUGCUUGCAAGUUUGCCUCAGCUAUCCUGCCUUGCCUAUCUUUGUAUUCAGUUUCCUUUGAUGUUUUUUAGAGGAACAAAGACUGAACAGGAUCUUGACAGUAGUUACUACAGCGACUAUGUGAAAUCACUUUUGAAGAAGUCUCCUGUCGUUAGCUCCUCAUUGUCUGACAAAACCACACUGAUGAAGAGACUACUUCAAGUGCCUAAAAGUUACAUUUAUAUUCCAGAUAAAGCGUUUCGUUUCCCUCUAAAGCUGGCUGUAUCGGUAUUUGUGGCUUUGGUGGCAAUAUACCAUACAGCACUUUUGUUAGUUGUACUGGUCGUCCCAACUCUCCAUAUUGUUCGUGCCGGUAUUGAUGAGAAUAUUGCCUUCCUCUUACUGGGAUUUGGGAUCAUCCUUUCUGAUGACAGAAUGGAAGUGGUCAAAAUCGUCACUUUCUACACUUGGCUGCUGGAAGUCUGCUACCUCUGUGCAAUGACCCUGUCUUGUGUGGUCAGCCUGCUAAUGCUCAUGAGGACCAUGGUACUUCACAGGUCAAACCUAAGGAGGCUUUACAAAGGAGACAUUUACAACCUUUACAACAGCCAGAAGAGCCUUCAGCCAUCGAGAUCUAGUGUUGUCUGUUGGAUGGGCCUGACUGGAUACCAAGCUGCCAUUAUUUGUCUGGGUAUGGUGAUCCAGACUGUAGUGUUUUUCAUCUGCUUCUUGUUCCUGGUCUUCCUUAUUAUCAUCCCCAUCUUUUAUGGACGUAAUUUAAUGGUCUUCGAGAUUGCUGGCAAGGCUUGGCCAGCAUGGGUUUCAGUGAUCCUGAUCACAGUGAUUCAGCAUGUUGCUGCCAGGUUUGCAUUUGUCAAAAAAGACGCUGGCACAAGAGACUUGAAUAACAGGGAAAGUUUAUACCUUCUGACAUAUCUGCUGUUUCUCAUUAAUACUGUGGUGGGACUGAUUGUAGCCAUAUGGAGAAUUGUCAUUACUGCACUUUUCAACAUUGUGCAUCUUGGUCGGGCGGAUAUCAGUCUACUGCAUCACACUGCAGAAGCAUAUGACCCAGCAUACCACUACUACACAAACUUUCUGAAGGUGGAGGUGUCCCAAGCACACCCUGUGAUGAAAGCUUUCUGUGGGUUGCUGCUGGAUUUAAUGGUCGAAGAUGGCCGCGCAGGCCAAAAAAUUCGAGACGCGGAGGAAGGGAUCCAGGAGAACUUGAAGAACAGGUCGACUAGUAGUCGCAGGAUUCGCUAUCGUUGGCAGCUGGUGUACACACUGGUCAACAACCCCUCACUUUUAGGUUCUAGGAAGCACUUCCAGACAAUGCAGAGCUUGGAGAGCAUCUUGAAUGGCAGCCCAAAACGCAGCAAGCAAAUGAGCAGCAAGAGGGAAGUAGGAAAAGCAUCUGCCACUGUGCCGAAUCCAUCCAGUGAGAAGCAAGAUAAAAAUGAUUGA